GUUCUCAGCACGAACACAGUAUCUGGCUGUGAACUUUUUGGCAGGUUUGAUAUGCCUAGUUUGUUUAAGGAAGGUGACAUAAUGAUCGGAGGAAUCUUCCCAAUUUUGAUCAAACAGAUGCUCAGCACCUCUACAUUUGAUAAGGAGCCGCCUAAAGUGCAGUGUGAAGGGUUUGACCUGCGAAUUUAUCGAUGGACACAGGCAAUGUUAUUUGCCAUUGAAGAAAUCAACAACGAUCCUGCUCUGCUUCCAAACAUAUCUCUUGGCUAUAGGAUACUUAACUCUUGCGCAUCUCCUACAAAUGCUUUACGUGCUGCUCUAACACUGGCUAGUGGAGCAGAGGAGGCAAGUGUGACUUCUCAUUGCCCUCCAGCUAUAUCUGCCCUCAUUGCAGAGUCUGGAUCAUCUCAGUCAAUAGCUGUGGCUGGAAUUCUUGGACCAUUUCAUAUGCCAAUAAUCAGCUACUUCUCAACGUGUGCUUGUCUGAGUGACAGAACUAAAUAUCCUACAUUUUUUAGAACAAUCCCCAGCGACUAUUUCCAGGCAAAAGCUUUGGCUGCACUGGUCAAACAUUUUGGAUGGCAGUGGAUUGGAGCCAUACAGUCAGACAAUGAUUAUGGACGUAAUGGAAUUCUUGCUUUUAAGGAGGAGGUUGAAAAGUUUGGGGUUUGUGUCGCUUUUGUUGCAUCAGUUCUACGCACGUACACAAGAGAUGAAUUUCUAGAAGUUGUGGAAAUAAUUAAACAGUCGUCUGUCAAAGUAAUUUUAGCUUUUUCUGUUGAUGGUGACUUUUAUCCUUUGAUGCAAGAGAUUGUGAACCAGAACAUUACAGGAAUUCAGUGGAUUUCUUGUGUGGCUUGGAUAACAUCAUCUCGACCCUCCACGCCUGAAAUGUAUAGAUCCUUUGGCGGAACAGUGGGAUUUGUAAUGCAGAAGAUGGCUAUUCCUAAGCUUAAUCACUUUCUUACAAGUAUUAGUCCUUAUACAGAUCCCAAUGCACCUUUC